GCGGCCAGGCGCCGUGCGGGAAGCGGCGGGGCGGCGGCGGCGGCGAGACUGAGGCGGGGCGGCGGGCGCCGGGGCGGCGCGAGGAUGGGCACGCAGGGCAGCCCGGUGAAGAGCUACGACUACCUGCUCAAGUUCCUGCUGGUGGGCGACAGCGACGUGGGCAAGGGCGAGAUCCUGGAGAGCCUGCAGGACGGCGCGGCCGAGUCCCCGUACGCCUACAGCAAUGGGAUCGACUACAAGACGACCACCAUCCUGCUGGAUGGCCGGCGUGUCAAGCUGGAGCUCUGGGACACGUCGGGCCAGGGCAGGUUCUGCACCAUCUUCAGGUCCUACUCCAGGGGCGCCCAGGGGAUCCUCCUGGUGUACGACAUCACCAACCGCUGGUCCUUCGACGGCAUCGACCGCUGGAUCAAGGAGAUCGAUGAGAACCCAGACAGCGAGGGCCCCGCCGGCUGCCCACGGGUGGGGGCGUCCUGCCAUGGUGCCUUUGCUGAGUUCUGUGCUGCCCUCAAGCACGCGCCUGGGGUCCCUCGGAUCCUGGUUGGGAACCGGCUGCACCUGGCCUUCAAGCGGCAAGUGCCCACAGAGCAGGCGCGCGCCUACGCGGAGAAGAACUGCAUGACCUUCUUUGAGGUCAGCCCGCUGUGCAACUUCAACGUCGUGGAGUCCUUCACGGAGCUGUCGCGCAUCGUGCUCAUGCGGCACGGCAUGGAGAAGAUCUGGAGGCCCAACCGAGUGUUCAGCUUGCAGGACCUCUGCUGCCGCGCCAUCGUCUCCUGCACCCCCGUGCACCUCAUCGACAAGCUCCCGCUGCCCGUCACCAUCAAGAGCCACCUCAAGUCCUUCUCCAUGGCCAACGGCAUGAACGCUGUCAUGAUGCACGGCCGCUCCUACUCGCUGGCCAGCGGGGCCGGGGGCGGCAGCAGCAAGGGCAACAGCCUCAAGAGGUCCAAGUCCAUCCGCCCCCCCCAGAGCCCGCCCCAGAACUGCUCGAGGAGCAACUGCAAGAUCUCCUAGCGGACCCCGGCCGGGCACUGCCCUGUGCAGACUCGGAGGGCUCGCGGGGGUCUCCUGGCCGACGCCAGGCCAGGCUGCGUGCAGGGAAGACUCGGCCACACGGCCCUGCCUAGGAAGCCUGGGUUUUACCCCACACCCGAGCUGGGUGCAGGGAGGAGCGUGUGCGGAGAGCACUCUCAACAGGCGGCAGGGAGCGUGCCGCGGGGCAGCUGGGCUGCUGGUGCUACGGGAAUGUGUCCGAACAAACCCAGGACUGCACGGUGCCUGGGCUCCGGCGGGAGGGAGCCUGGCUCGCCUUUCUUAUUUAUAUAGAGAACAUUUGACCUGUUUUGUACAUUGUUAAGGGGCCGUCAGGGAAGCCUGGAUGCAGCCACGUGGCAAGCUUGCCUCUGCGUGGCCGCAGCCACGGGGCUGAGCUUAGCCGGCUCGGGGAGGAGGUGCGAGUCGGUGACGGGAAGGGGUGAGCCGUCGGAGCUGGAAUCCUUCGAACUCGGGGUCGGGGCUGCCAGAGACCAGCAGGGCACAGCCAGGCGAGCGCACCGUCCGGGAGCUCCGGCAGCAGGCUCGGGCGGGCUGCGGCCAGUCCGGACGUCGUCCUAAGCCGCACCAGGCCUGGGCAGCCCGCUGCAGAGGGGAGCCCCCAUCUCUGUCACUCCACAGGUCCCUCCCCACACGGGGCUGAGAAGCUUCCGCUGUGGCUCGAGACCUUCGGUGGCAUCGACUGCGCAGUACCCAGCGUCUCUCCAGCACAAAGGCGCAGAGCCGCCAGCACCCACCGGGCUCCUGUGCGCCGGGAACCCUGGGCACCUCGCGCAGCCCCCGCUCGUGGCAGCUUCUGUUCACUGACCCUGGAUGUGUCCCCUCGUUGCUGCUUACCUGUCACUGCCCUUCUGCCUAGGAGGUCACACAUCACCGCAACCUUCUGACCUAGUUUUUAGUGACCCUACCUGAACAGCCUCGUCCACGCCAUGGCAGGUGCUGGAGGCCACACCCUCUCCAGAACCCACCGGCCUCGCCUUUGUGCCGGAGGCCCAGGCUCAGCAGGGCCUGGUCACCGUUGCUCUGAAAGCCAUCGACCCUUCCUGCACCGUGCUGCUCUGCCCCAGCGACCGAGGUGGUGUCAGCGGUGCCUGCUCUCCCCUCCCCGGCUGCAUCGGCCCCGCCCGGCCAGGUGACCGGCCGCGGGUUGCACUGGUGCUCAACUCUACCUCCUGCCCUCGGGCUCCCCAGCCACAGGCAGGGCCGGCACCCAGAAGGAGCCCUCCCUGGGCGCGCGACCUCCCCUCACCAGGGACUCUUCGCAGCACGUGUUUCUGAGAGGGUCCUGCGGUGGGUGUCCCCAGGGCUCCAGUGCCA